AAAAUAAAAGCAAUUGACCAUAAGGAAAGGGAAAAGGCAAAAUGAUACGUGCAGUAGAGGCAAAGAGCGAAGAAGAUGGAGGUCAAGAGAGGAAGAAACAAGACAGCCCCAAAAAAAGGAGCCUUUUCCUCCCCGUCCUCCUUAGCAGCGCCUUCCUCCACCGGUUCCCUGUCUUCUUUCCCAAGAAGAUGGAUAAGCUAGUUGAAGGAAAGGCUCUUGAAAAUUCCGGCCGCGACAUGGACAUACUUGAACUUGAUGAGAAAGUUUGCGUGUUUUCCGACCAUGUCUCCGACAUCUCUGAUCGCUCUUACUACAAUAACUCAGCUUCCGACGAGCUCUGUGAUUUUGCCGAUGAAAACGAAAAUGAUUCCCGUGAAACAACAGAACGUACCGUAUUUUGGGAAUCAAACGAGGCCUUGCUUCAGGAAAUUCUGGAGCGUUAUACUGUAACGAACGUAAAGUUGCGGCAAGGGAUUGACAGAAUAAUCGAGCAAGCGAAGGAUACAGAUUUUUGCUGCUGCAGAGAGCCAAGAUCUGAUGGCUGCAUCAACUGCUUGAGGAAAACCGUUGUCAACCUGCUUUGCCAGAAGGGAUACAAUGCCAAACUCUGUGUCUCUAAGUGGAAACACACUAAAAAGAUUCCCGGAGGAAUGCAUGAGUAUAUCCAAGUCAUUGCAUGUACACAAGGGCGAAAGAAGCAAAUACCACUCCUAAUUGAACUGGAAUUCCGAGACCAAUUUGAGAUUGCAAAAGCCUGCGAUGACUACCGGAAACUGGUGAACCAAUUACCGGAGUACUACGUGGGGAAAGCCGACUGCCUAAAUGCCAUUGUUCGAGUACUAUGUGAGGCAGCAAAGCAAUCCAUGAAGGAGAAGAAGCUCCACAGGGGUCCAUGGAGGAAGAGAAGCUUCAUGCAGAUGAAAUGGUCAAGCUGUUUGGAAAGACCAUCCGUGGACGAUUCUUCAGAGGACAAAUUUUCAAUCAUGUUCCCAUCGCAAGCCCACGGAUCUUGUUUGCACUUGUCCGCAGCUGCUGCUGUGGUAGUCACCUGAUGAAAUGCAACCUUUUCCGGUGCUCAAGUUUUGACUCAAUUUUGGUGAUAUAUAAAUUAAUAAUAUGAGGUUUUGAUGGUUUUGAAUGUUGAGGCCUUUAGAGACGUAUGCAACCGUUAGCAUUAAGGGUGAUGAUGUUUAAAUACUAAGUGCUUGAAGUGUGUCAUAUAUGGAACAAAUAUGGUAUGUGUAAAGAACUAUAGAGGGCAAUCGUUUCUCAACGUCAGAAGGUAUGUAUCAGGUACUUGAGUUCGAAUUUCUUCUUAAUAUGUAUCAGGAGAGAUUUGGUAUUUGAUUAAUUAUGGGUCAAAAAAGAAUUUUUCUGCAU